CCUUUGGCGUAUUUAUUCUCAUUGCGACUGAAGCUGCCGUCCACUGGUUUCGCCAUUUUGGUGGUCAUAUACCUGUUGACAGGAGUGGCCCUAUCGUUGAUCGUGUUUUUCGUGGGCGCCAUCAAACCCAAAGCGCUGGAAGUGACGUCAGGCAUCGCAAACAUACUGCCCGUGUAUGCCAUGGGUCACGGCAUAGAGAAGCUGUACAAACUGGGCUCAUACCAGACCGCGUGCAAACAGAUGUCUCGCGAGCACCUGGAGAGACGGUGUAAAGACAUUGAGUCCAAAGGACAGAAUGAAUACUACGGUUGCUGGAUAAGCAUUGAGCUGACAUACCUCAUAGUUACCGGUGCUGUAUAUGUGUUUAUAAUGUGGUUUAUUGAAGGCAAUUGGGAACGCCUUACAUACAUGUUUAGCACACAAAAAUUGGGAGUGAACGGCGCCGGAAAGACAACCACUUUUCGUAUGCCUACCGGCGAUGAGACGGUCAGUGAUGGCAACGCAUGGAUCGACUCAUUGGCGUUGAGACAACACUUGCAGGCCUUCCAGAAAAGGGUCGGCUAUUGUCCACAGUUUGACGCUUUGCUCAACAAAAUGACGGGAAGAGAGACUCUAUUCUUCUUCUACCGACUCAGAGGUAUGUGCGAAGACAUGAUCGACACAUACGUCAAGGAGUUGACAGCAAUGGUAGACCUCAUCCCUCACGUCGACAAAUGCACCGAAACUUACAGCGGAGGCAAUCGACGCAAACUGUCUCUCGCUAUAGCCCUCUGUGCCGCCCCUCCCGUCAUAUUCUUGGAUGAGCCCACAUCAGGAGUGGAUCCGUCGGCGCGACGCAAGAUAUGGUCGACUCUGACGUCACUCCAGAAGACGUAUGGCUCGGCUUUUAUACUGACCUCCCAUUCCAUGGAGGAGUGCGAAGCCCUGUGCGCUCGGGUGGCUAUUAUGGUCAACGGCAGGUUCCAGUGCUUGGGAUCUGUUCAGCACUUGAGA